AUGGAUGGAUCCUAUUUUGAUGAUCUAUACAAAUUGCCAAAUGAUGAUGUAAGAACUGAAGAAAUAGAUGCUUUCUUAGAUAAGUUGGUAUUUGCAGUAAAUCAACCUAAUGAAGAUGAAUUAGGUGAUAUCAUUAGAAAUGAACUAGCUGCAUACAAUGGCCAUGCGGAUGUUGUUAGAUUUCUUGCAGCAAAAGACCAAAAGCUUCUGGAUAUCAAAGAUACACUUGAUAGAACACCCUUACUCUUGGCUAUCAAUGCUGGCCAGAAAGAUGUUGUUAUGUCUAUUGAGCAUGAUGAUAAAAUAGAAGAGCAAAAUAUAAGUAAGGAAGAUGGGAUAGAUCAUCCCAGUAAUGAUGGUUUUACACCACUUCAUGCUGCUUCGUCUAAUGGUCAUUUGGACGUAGUAAUGUUCCUUAUAAGUCAAGGUGCUAAUGUCCAAGCUGUCAAUGACGAAGGUUGGACAAUAUUGCAUGCUGCUGCUCAAAAUGGUUGUCUACCCGUCGUACAAUACCUAAUAGAUAGUAUAAUGUUUAAUGUUAACAUCCAUGAUCAGAAGAAUGAUACACCUUUGCAUACAGCGGCUUUUCAUGGAAAACAACACGUUGUUGAAUUCCUUCUGCGAAGGCAAGCAAAUAUCAAUGCAGUAAAUGUUAUAGGAAUUACACCUACAUUUUCAGCAGCUUUAAAUAAUAACCAAGAUAUUGUGUAUUUCCUUCUCGAUAGCGGUGCCAAAGUAACCACAGAUGACAAAACCCUAAUUGGCAAGAUUAAAUUCUCAUUGAUACAUCUUGCCGCUAUGUAUGAUAAUGUUGAAAUGAUUAAAUACUUAAUAGAUAUCAAAGGUAUAGAUAAAGAUAUUGGCAAAGAUGAUAGUUUAACACCAUUGCAUGUUGCUGCAUUUUUUGCUCGUGGUACUUCUGCCUUUGUUGUUUACGAUCUCGUGAAUCAGAUAAGAGCAUUUAACAAUGGUACAGAAGAAGCGGUAAUUGGUAUAGUGGGAGAUAGUAUCUACCUAGGGGUAGAUGUAGCAGAGAUUGGGAUAGAAAUUGCUGAAGCUUUUGCCUUACUAGAAGGAGUAUCAAGUAUUACUGGACCAAUUGGAGCGGCAAUUGGCGCUGUUGUAUUUGUCAGCACUGAUAUAUUCAUGGCAGUAGAGAGAGUAGAUAAAAUUGAUAAGAUCAUUCACCUAACUGGAAAUGAAAAAUUCAUUGAAGGUUUACGUGCAUUUGUAGGUGUUCAACCUGAAAAAUACCUAAAGGAGUUGUUGGAAGAAAAAGAGCUUGCUAACGAACUUGUAAAGCAAGGCUUCCAGUACUUACAGCAACAUAGGGAUAUCCAAAACUAUAUCUUCCCUACCGGCGAUUAUCAACCAGCUCCAAGUUACGGAUCAUACGUAUGUGAAAAUGCAAUUGGUCUAACUGACCUAACAGCAACUGGAAAUCAUAAUCUCAUUAAUUUGGGAGAAGAAUUCUGUGGUGCUAGUGAAUUGAGUGGAACAGAGGAAUGCCCAGGAAUCUGUGGUCAGGAAGAGAAAAUCAAUGGUGUGCGUGAAGUGAGUGAAUUUGUGGUGAAGAAAGAAACAAACAAAAAGAAGCAGGCGCCAGGAGUAGCCUGA